GCUAUUCUUCUCUUUUUUCACCUUAACUCUCAUCAUAUAUAUAUUCUUUUGUUUGUAAUGCAUUAUAUUCAUCUUGUCCAGCAUCCACAUUCAUUGCCAAGGACCAGUGUUUCCUAUCAGAUAAUGGCAAACACCCCACCAUCGUUCACAGCUUUUCCAUCUUCCGAUAUUCCGACAUCCUUCUUGUGGCCUUGUCAACAUGAUCAUAGUUCCCGCAUUAACCUUGGUGAUUUUGGGGCUUCACCAAUCAUUGCUGAUGCGCCUGGUUUUCACCUGGCUCCCUUGUCAAUGCAACAGGAUGCUGAUCCUCCAGGCAAUCUGGAAGUUUUACCCUGCCUUAAAUCAAUGACAUGGACCAUGGAUAAUCUCAACUCAGUGCCAGCCAAUGGAGUAACUAUUAUCCAUCUUAAGCUUCGAGAUUAUACCAAGUCUCCUUCAGAUGAGAUAGAAGUGAAAUUUCAGCUGACUAAAGACACACUUGAAGCUAUGUUGAGAUCAUUGACUUACAUCAGUGAACAACUUUCAAACAUGGCUGGGACUUCCUCAGAGCCGGCACAGAAAAAGCAAAAGCAAUAGAAUAUACGGCCUUAAUUUGUUUCUUCUCUCUUUCUUUUUUGUACUGACAUUAUAUAUAGAUUCAAACCUGUAAGUGAUCACAUU